GCUCCAACCAGCCAGACCAACCAACCAACACCGCACCGCGCCACCGCAACAACAACCGCCGCGCACGGUCGAACACUCGGCGCUCCGCUCCCCAUGGCUCCCAAGAACGCGCUCCCCGUCGCCGUCGCCGCCGCCGCAGACGGAGGCAUGGAGCCCAGGUUCCGCGGCGUGCGGAAGCGGCCGUGGGGCAGGUACGCGGCGGAGAUCCGCGACCCGGCCAGGAAGGCGCGCGUCUGGCUCGGCACCUUCGACACCGCCGAGGCCGCCGCGCGCGCCUACGACGCCGCCGCGCUCCACUACCGCGGGCCCAAGGCCAAGACCAACUUCCCCGUCGGCACCGUCGCCGCCUACACGCACAUCCCGCUCCCGCCGCCCAAGGCGCUGGCCGUGAGCCCCAGCAGCAGCACCGUCGAGUCGUCGUCCCGGGACACGCCGGCCGCGGCGCCCGCCGCUCCUGCUGUUGCUGCCCCCGCGGCCCCGCCGGCGCUCGACCUGAGCCUGGCGAUGCCGGCCAUGGUGGCGGCGCAGCCGUUCCUGUUCCUGGACCCCAGGGUCGCGGUGACCGUGGCCGUGGCAGCGCCGGCGCCGGCGCCGGCGCCGUGCCGGUCAGCGGCGAUCAGCGGCAUGAACAAGGUGGCGUCCCGCGAGGAAGAGCAGAGCGACACCGGGUCGUCGUCAUCCGUGGUGGACGCCUCGCCGGCCGUGGGCGUGGGGUUUGACCUGAACCUGCCGCCGCCGGUGGAGAUGGCAUAGGAGAUGGACCGAUCUCGGUCGCCCGAUGACGACGCGGCCCGGAAGUAAAGCAAGCUCUCUCGUGGUAGAAUUUAAAGUUUAGAAGAAUGGCGUGUACUAGUAAGAGGUUAAUCGGCCGUUUAAUUGCCAGGAUCGAUCCAUCGAUGGAUAAGGGUAAGUAGGUGUACAUAGAUCGCGUGCGUGCGUGCGUUUUUUGCAUGGGGAGGCAGGUAGCAUGAGAAACAUCCAUCUAUCUGCUCCCAAUGUUACUUACAAUUUCCUUAAAAGCAAGGGGAAAAGGACAAAAAAGGAAGAAGCCAGUAGUAGAGCAUUUUGUUCUUCAGUGUACAAUAUUGAUCUCUCUCUGAUUAAUGUGAAAUUUAUGAUUUCCAUUCCA